AUGCCCCCCUUCACCCCCCUGUGGUCCGCUAUCCGCAGCUACUCCAAUGGCCCGGCCAAGUCGCGCCUCGGGAAGACGCUGAGUCUGGAUCAUUUCCUCCAGCGCUCCCGCGCCCUGUCCCUCUACCGCGAAAUCCUGCGCGGCACACAACGCAUCGCGGACCCGACCACCCGCGCCGAAUCCCGCCGCUACGCCCGUGAUGAGUUUGAGCGUCACAGAGACGUGACGGAUAUUAACCACAUCCGCUACCUCAUCUCAACCGGCAAAACAGAGUUCCAGGGCAUGGAGCGAUACAUUGACGGAAUGUAG